UCUCCCUCCCCUCUUCACUUUCAUUUUUAUUUUAUAACAGAAGAAAACCCUAACUCUGCUUCGCUGCUCAACUUACCGUUGCAAACAGAAGGAAAUCGCGAAUUGAAGAAAAUCACCUGAGUCUGAGUGGCAAUCCGGAUUCAGCUAGACACCAAGUUGUGGCUAAUCCCAGCAAAUAGAGUUCACAUUUUGUACUGGUCAAUCGUGCUAACGUCUUUGCAAUAGAUAUAUCCAAGUUUUAAGUGGAAAAGAUGAGCGGAGCAGGAGAGAAAGGGUCAGCAACUACAAAGACGCCAGCAGACUUUCUCAAGUCAAUUCGUGGGCGACCAGUAGUUGUCAAACUGAAUUCUGGUGUUGAUUAUCGAGGUAUCCUGGCAUGUUUGGAUGGGUAUAUGAAUAUAGCAAUGGAGCAAACAGAAGAAUAUGUCAAUGGGCAGCUGAAAAAUAAAUACGGUGAUGCUUUUAUUCGUGGUAACAAUGUCCUUUAUAUUAGCACAUCAAAGAGGACAUUAGCAGAUGGAGCUUAGAAUCGUUGCAGGUCAUCUAAGAAUUACAACAGCCUGCAAGAUGUCUUCUAUGGAUUGUAAGUGUUGGAAAAUUUGAAAGCGAUUAGAUGUGGUAAAUCACAAGCUAAUAUUGGACAAAUUAGUUACAAAUCAGUUCUUUUUUUUUUGGUUUUCUAUUCAGGAUUACUGUAAAAGUAUAUUCAUAUCACCCUUGAAAGUUGCUUGAUAACAUUGAGCA